CAGCGUCGCGCCUACCCACCUCCACCACCACCAGCUCCAGGAAUGGACUGACUUUCUAGCUUCACCACUGCUGACAAAUCCACUCUGUUCCUCCACCACUCCUCGGAUAAACGUUCAGAGUUUAACUCCAGCUUGGGGUUUUUAAUUUGAAGUUGCCGUUUAAGCGACAACGCAGAUUUUCCUCUCACGCGACUUAUUUGUAGCCGUUGGACGAAGCGGGAUUCAACUUAAACGAACCCGCAGACAUUUUGUUAUUUCUGAGAAUUAGACCGUUUUUUUUCGUCCUCCUCCUCUUCUUACUUUUUUCAUCAGUGUAGUCGCAGCUGGCUGAGGCGAGCCAACUGUUAAAGGACCACCACACGGCGAAGAGGGGGAAACCAUUACCCUCCCUUGCUCGCUAGCUUAAACCCAAACACCGCUGUGUGCUCAACGGUUUUAAUUUACAUGCGUUGAGCUCGCUUCGCUGCCGCUCGUGCGUUAACGCGGAAGGCUUCGCAACAGCGAUGGAUCAUUUUGACUGACAGCUUUUGAAGAAUUAGCUAGCUUAGCCACUGAUGGUGGUUUCCUGUUCACAGACACAGUAAAUACGGGGUCGGGACAGGUACAGCUUGAAUGGUCUUGCAUCACCCAGACGAGACGCCGACUCUUUUACCUCGCUGAGUGCAUCACUUGUAUUCGGCUUAAUUUUUUAGGGGGGUCGCUAGCUACCGUUAGCUAGUCAUCCUGCUAACGCUGGACAGCUCCUGUGUAAGGCAGGGCUAGCUUUGGACAAAGGACCAACGCAAGGAAAAAUAUAAACACAGGGCACUCAGUUGGUCGUGUUUGGGAAGGAAAGCAACAAACAAGGAAUUGACAUGAUGUUUCCACAAUCAAGACACUCAGCUUCAUCGCAGCAGCUGAAAUUCACAACCUCUGACUCCUGUGACAGGAUCAAGGAUGAGUUCCAGUUCCUUCAAGCACAAUACCACAGUUUGAAGCUCGAGUGUGACAAGUUGGCCAGUGAGAAGUCAGAGAUGCAGCGCCAUUAUAUCAUGUACUAUGAGAUGUCCUACGGACUUAAUAUUGAGAUGCACAAACAGGCUGAGAUAGUGAAGAGAUUGAACGGGAUCUGCGCACAAGUCCUCCCCUACCUGUCUCAGGAGCACCAGCAGCAGGUCCUGGCAGCCAUAGAGAGGGCCAAGCAGGUCACCCCCCCAGAGAUGAACUCCAUCAUAAGGCAGCAGCUCCAGGCUCACCAGCUGUCUCAGCUCCAGGGCCUGGCCCUGCCCAUGACCCCCUUGCCGCUGGGCCUGAGCCAGCCGACCCUCCCGGCCGUCACCACCUCCUCCGGUCUCUUCUCCCUCUCCUCCCUGCUGGCCUCCCAAGCCCAGCUGGCCAAGGAGGAGAAAGCAUCACGCGACGGAGUCGACAGCCACCGCGAGGAGGACGGAGACAAGUCCGAUUAGAUGGUGUCCCCAUUCAGCUCUGUUUUUGUCCAGAGACCUGAAUCCCCCAGAUCUGAGCUCCCUUGGCCUACAGCCUCUCCCCUGGUCUCCCUCUCUCUGACCUUAGCUAACAUGGGCUUUAAUCCUAUCACACGGCUCCAGCUUCAGACCCCUAACCAACUCUCAUUACUGGGAGGGCUUUGGCACCUGCCCCUUAUAUCAGAUGAGUCCUGAUCGCUUCAUAUUUACAUCCAUAGGUUGUUUCUUUAUCCUCCCUCAUCUGUAUCAACAUCAGAGUGGCUCCUGUGUCUUUUUCUUCUAAUGUCCCUUUUUUGUAUCUGAUUAAGCUUCUGUUUUAUGUUUAUUUUCUUUUUUAUCAGGACUCCUCUCUAUUUCUGUUCCUUCCUGUCUUCCUGUCGCUCCAUCUCUCAGUUCUUAUUCCUGUUUAGUUUCUGUUUUUUUUUUUCUCUUCCUCCCACUCUCACCCACCUCUUGCCUCUGUUCUAAGCGGGUCCUUGUUAUGCAGGACUGAUCUGUGAGACUGAACGCACCGUACCGUAGGUGUUAAAACAGGCUAAACGUUAAACACAGGGAUUCUUUGGCAGGCUGUAACACUUGUCAGACACAACAUAGGAUUCCUACAAACUUCCAAUUUUCCUAAGAAGGAGGUCUGACAGAGAUCAGUUGAUAUUUUUGGCAGUACAGAUUGCAUGCAUUCAUUCCAAGCCACAACUUGGCUUUGAGUUUAAACGGUGGAUUGUAAUGGAUCAGAGAAGCGUUUAAACAGUGUCCUCGUGCCCCGGCUAAAGAGAGAAACAUCCCACACACACACACACACACAAGUCCGAACCAAAACCUGCUGCUUUCAGAGCAGGAUCGUUGUAUCAAGAAUACGUCUCCAGAUUUUGUGUAUAAUCCUAAAUUUAUAUUGAGAAAGGGAAAGCACCUUCAUGCUGAGGAGCAGAUAACAAACCCACAUUAGUAAGUAAUCCCCCUCGACUUAAGAUCCUCACCUGACCCCGUGAGGUACGUUCGAUAAAUCCACCCAGCACCUUAACCGAAGGCAACAUUUUCCCCAGUAGUUAAGUGAACAGAGAUGCCGCACUUCCCCACCACCUUUUGCAUCUUUAAUGUACACUAAUAUUAGAGUGGGCACCGAAGGGAGACAGUGUGCAUGUUGUGUGUUUGACAGCAGAGGGCAGUGUGUGUCUUCCUCCUCACUAGGUCCAGAGCAAAACAAGGGCAGGACAAAGACAGAGUACAGGCUGUGUCACGAGGGGAAUGGCUUAUUUAUCCACUCUGUGUGUACUAACUUAAUAUACAGAGACUUGACUGGUGACAUUAAUCUCUGCAUGCGGUCAGUCCCGGUCUCUGUCGUGAUCCAGUUCUUGAGAAAAACUCUGUUUUGUGGAACACAAACACAACUGGAUGUGUGCUUUUGACCCCUUCUGUAAAAUCUGAUUUAAAUACUGUACAUUUUGAUUCACUGUACAUAUACAGGUCUGUCACACAUCAGACUAACACUAUAUUCUGACACCUACGUACAAAACCAAGUGAGAAAUUUCCACAACCCAACACAAUUAUAUCAGUGCAGAUCACACAGCUGAAACACUGGUGUCCUCCACAUCUGCUCUGAUGAGUAAAAACUCCCCCACAGCCUCACGGGCCCUGUUUUCAAUUAGCUUGUCUGAUUAGGCCUCUCGUCAGGUGGAAGUUGGCUGACACUAUGCUGGGAAAAAUGUGAAGUAACCAAACUCUGGUUGUGCUCAGAAUCUCAGUAGCAGAUCUUUACAGCGCCCUUAAAAGUUCCCACAAAUCCAAACUCCACAGGGAAACUUUAAGGCACUUGUGUGAUUGAAUUGCCCAGCUUGAAUUGACAGUUUUAUACUUCCCAUUACAUUUAGAUUUAAUUACGUAAAGAUACAACUUUGAUAAUCGUUUUAUUUUCUGUUCUCUUUGGCGGCACCUGUGGUGAUAAGCAGUAAUUGCAGGUGUGUUUUUGGCUCAUACUUUCCAGAGACCGAACAGCGUCACCCUCUAUUAAAAGUUGAAUUAGUUUCUUUUCAUUUGGAUUUGCACUUGUUUCUGAAGUUUUGUAGUCUCAAGUCAUCGCUCUUUUCUCUGUUUGGUGAGUCACAAUAACCGUUUGCCUGCAACGCUUGCAGAGACCAGAAAAAAAACAGCCCGCCAUCUCGCAUACAAGUGAGUUGAAGAGCAAUUCAUUGCGUUAGCUCUGCCUACCCAAUCUAGUGGAGCAACCACUGCUUGGUGAUGGAAAAUGCGUCACUAACUGUGCGUAACUUGUGAUUUUUCUUGGGAACAUUGCCACAGACGCCCAGUUCGUAAUACUGCAAAUGCAGGGACUCUUCUCCGUGGGCAAUAUUGCAUAACCUUAUGUGGUCAUAGUGACUUAACAGAUAUUUCAUUCAUUCAUUCAUCUUCUAACCGCUUCAUCCUCUUGAGGGUCGCGGGGGGGCUGGAGCCUAUCCCAGCUGACAUCGGGCGAGAGGCAGCGUACACCCUGGACAGGUCGCCAGACUAUCACAGGGCUGACACAUAGAGACAGACAACCAUUCACACUCACAUUCACACCUAUGGACAAUUUAGAGUUAUCAAUUAACCUAGUCCCCAGUCUGCAUGUCUUUGGACUGUUGGAGGAAGCCGGAGCGCCUGGAGAGAACCCACGCUGACACGGGGAGAACAUGCAAACUCCACACAGAAGGGCUCCCACGCCCGAGAUCGAACCGGCAACCCUCUUACUGUGAGGCGAGAGUGCUAACCACCACACCACCGUGCCGCCCUUAACAGAUAUUUGUUUAAAUGAAAAUCUUAAAAGAAAAAUGUGGCCGACAUUAGGCGUCCAUAUUCCUUUGGCUUUCAGGCGCUUCUGUGUUAAGUCAGACACAUCAGGGCUUUCAAAAAAAUAUCCUCAGUCGCCAAUUACAAUGUUGAUGUUGACGUUAAUGCUGUUUACAGGUCGGAAGGUGUACCUCCGAUAUGACACGAAUGCGGCAUAACGGAAGCAACUAAACCACUUGAAAGCUGCAUUGGUAUAGUUCCUUUUAGAACCGUCGAAAGUCGUACCAACAUGUACCUCAUCCGUAGACGUGUCGGUGAAGAUACUCAGUCAUCUAGGUCAUGGUAAUCAUAAGUGCUAUAUUGUAGGCAACUGGACAGUCCGGAACUGAAGACGCUUUUUGGAUGAGAAGCAAAAUGUCUUCAAGAAACACAAGCAAGUCCAGUUGCCUACGAUGUAGCACUUACGCUUAUCCAUAGAGCUGUUUUGCUUUUCCACCACAGACAGACUCUCAAUGUAGGUGGGGUUGUUAUCAGAUUGUAGUAGCCACAUCGCUGCUCAUCCAGUUCUUACUGUAUUUUCUCUUUACUGAUGAUUCAGGGGAAUGUCUGAGCCUCAUUGUUGGUGCACAGAAUGUGGUUGCGAAACAUUUUCCAAACAAAAAGAACAGGCUGGAGUGUUUAGAGUACCAUCGAUUGAAUAUUUAAAAACACUGACAAUUCACUCGACCAUACAACAGACUGCAGUGUUUCUAGCUCCACCUUUUAGUGUCGGAUCAGUGUGCUCGGUACCUCGACAAAGGUGUCGUGUUGAUACUAUUCACAACAAUGGAAACGCAAAAAUAACUGUUCUAAUGUGUAACAAACUGAACUGAACCGAAUCAGACUGCUUGGUGGAAGCAAAAUGAGUGAGAUCCUAAGAAGAGGUCUAAUCAGGCAACGUGUAAACACCUGUGUAGGUUGACUAUGGGGGUGCAGGGGCUUUAACGGGUCCAGUAGCAGCCAAAACAGCCCUAUAAAACGUCUUCUUUUGACAGCAUGAGACGGGAUUGAACACGUACGCCUCCUUUAGGGUGUUUGCAAACACAUAUUUCCAGCAGAUGAACCCUCAGUGGUGAUCGGACCCCCUGACAUUUGGCGGCGGCCUGUAUAUGAAGUUGUUUUAUACAAACCCCACACACAGAUACACAGAAACAUUUCUUACCCUCCUCUCUCUGGUUUUAAGGCUACACUGUGAGAAUGAAUUGAUGUAACGUAUGAGAUGCUUUGAUUUUUGGAGAAACACCACUCAGAACGAUGUUUGGCACGGUGAUGAUGAUAAAGCACAUUUUAUUGUUGAAGUCAUUCAGAAAGCAAAAGUAAACAAACUGCACAUUAGAAUGAAACCCUCCAUGUGUCUAUAAGUUCAGACGACUUCCUGUUGGUGACGCUGGUGGGAUGAAUCCUUCAAUGAUGCCCAUUGUUGUGUAUGUAUGUGAAUACAUAAACAAGGUGUGUAUAAGCAGCUGUACAGGUUUGAUACACACACACACACAGACACACAGAUGAAAUGCAUUGCUGUUGUUACUACAACUGAAGCUAACACGCUAUUCUGCUUGUGAAUUAAGCUCGCAGCACACCGUCCUCCCACAUACUGUAUGUGUCUAGCUACAAACUGUACUUGUCGUAGUGAUAUGCAGAGCGUGUAGACAAAGCGACACACACACACACACACACACACACACACACACAUCAAUGCAUGUCUGCUGGGGAACUGAGAUUGAUUUCUUUCUAGUGGAGACAUUUUUUCAAAAGAAUGUUUGGUCCAAACUUUCU